GCAACCAAAAAGCAAAUCAGGACUAAAAGCUGGAAACGCCAGAAAUUAUUGUUGAGAUAUAAAGUUAUUUAAUUUUGAUUACAACCAGCAAACUUAAAAUCAAUGAACAACCAGCGAAUCAUGUUUGCAGUUUUUAAUGAUAGUAGACUAUGAUGCCAAAACAACUGCAAGUUCGUUAUGUGUUUGCCGUGUUUGCAUUUAUGGGAACCUUCAAUCUUUACGCUCUACGUCUUAAUCUCAGCGUCGCGAUAGUUGAUAUGGUCGAUUUUGACAAUGAAAGGUCAGGAAAUAUAUCAAAUAUUGGUUCGUACAACGAAACAAACAUGACAAUAACUGAAACAACUACUGUCCAAGAUUAUCCGUCGGAAGGAAAUAAGUUCAUUUGGAAUGAAAAUCAACAAGGAUUGCUUCUUAGUGCAUACUUUUAUGGAUACAUGGUAACGCAGGUUCCUGGAGCUUAUCUCGGAAGAAUAUUUGGACGAGUUCGAGUUUUGGGAGGAUGUGUUGUCGGUUCAUCAACAUUGACGUUACUUUUUCCUGUUGUAGCUAAAAACCUGGAACUCGGAUCCGUAGUCGCAAUUCGUGUGCUUAUAGGAGUAUUAUCGGGCGUGACAAUGCCCAUCCUAUUUGCAACAACUUCAGCUUGGGCACCUUUGUCUGAAAGAAGCAAAUUGAUAUCGAUAUUGUUCGCAGGAAUUCCUACCGGGACUUGCAUCAUUCUCCCAGUAGCAGGUUUGCUCGCAGAUGCUUAUGGUUGGGAAUCGGUGUUUUACGCGACCGGUUUGUUUGGGUUAUUGUGGGCAAUACCGUGGCUCAUUUUCAUUUACGAUUCUCCCCAAGAUCACCCGCGAGUUUCAGCUGUAGAAAAACGAUUAAUUAUGGGAUCAAAAGAUGAGAUGAUACAAGAUAAGAAACAUAAGCGUCCCGUUCCUUGGCUUUCAAUGAUAACGUCAGGAGCAUGGGCUUGUCUGGCAUUCACCCAUUUUUCAAGUUUGUUUGGAAAAUAUCUGUUGAUGACAAUGUUGCCAAGUUAUUUGAAGACCGUAUUGAACUUCAAUGUUAAAGCGAGUGGUGUUUUGAGUUCCAUUCCAUUUAUGCUUGGUGCACUGUUGCUCUUUGUCUCUGGACCACUGGCGGAUUGCCUCAUCGCAAAGGAUAUUAAAUCAAUUUAUGUCAGAAAAUCACUAACUACAAUUGGGCUUUUGACAUCAAGCAUAUCAAUAAGUAUUGUCACUUACAUUGGACCAAGUGUACCAGCAGCCAUGACACUAUUCACUCUAUCAGUUGCCAUGGACUCGCUGGUGGUGCCAGGAUUUAAGGCAUGUAUUAUGGAAAUAACGCCAGAAUUCAGUGGAAUAGCUUAUGGUCUGAGUAACACGGUGUCAACGCUUAGUGGGAUAAUCGCUCCACAAAUAACAGGAUUUUUACGUCAGAAAUAUGAUGAAGAUCCAAUUACUGGAUGGAGAGUUUCAUUCUGGAUUGGUGGAGCUAUAUAUUUUCUUGGUGCAAUGGUUUUCUUAAUCUUUGGUACAAACAAGAAGCAACCGUGGUCUUAUGAGUCGGGUGAAGGAAACGAAAAAGGAAAAGAGGAAGAAUUGUGCGAAUUAAAUCCAAAAUAAUUGGGGAAACUGACAUCACAAUUUGAAAAGCGAAAUAACGCUACGAAUCUGUAUAUAUUUUACAUAUUUUCUAUGUGAUAGAUUUUGGUUUUCUUUUGUUGUUUCUGUCCAUGCAUUCUUUUGUUUUUUGCGCUCUCAUGCUAAAAAUGGAGCACCAAUAAGUCGUGGAAACGCCUAUUAUGAUUCAGUUGAAAAUGUCAAUUGUAUUGCUCGUAGCCUAAUGAAGUAUCUUCUCAUGCUCGAUCUGGAAUUUUUACAUUGUUUCGUUUUUUAAAUGCACAAGACGAGCAUAGUACAA